GAAGGACCUGCAGUGGAGGAGGUUGUGGAGGAGCCUAUUCAGGAGUCUACCCCCGUUGUUGCCGAACCGGUAGUGGAUACUGUGGAGAAGGUGGAGGAGGCACCCGUUGAGGAAGCGGCUGCUGCUAGUCCGUGGACGGCUGCGCCAGUGCACCAAGAAAUGGAAACUGUUGCUCCUGUGCAGACGGAGAUCAAGGAAGUCGCUACGCCUGUUGCCGAGCCUGUUAAAGAGACCCCCGCACCGGUGGUGGAGGAGCCUGCUGUCGUGGAAGAGACCCCGUCGAUCAGCGCCUGGAACUCAACGCCCGUCCAGGAAGUCGUCGUAAAGGCUGCACCUGUUGAAGUGGUGGAGUCUGCGAAGGAGGAGGCCGCUCUAGCGGUCGAGGAAGUCGCCGCUCCCGCUGUGGAGGCUGUUGUCGAAGCUCACGUGGAGAAGGAGGUACCGGCUGCGUGUUCGGCAUGGAAUACAACGCCAGUACAGGAGUCGAAGACUGUUAUAGUUGAGAAGAUCACUGAGCCUGUGAUGGAACCGGCAGCCGAGCCCCAGAAGAAGGUUGUUGUGAAGGAGACUGUGGCUGAGACGAAGGAGACGUCAGCAGCGGGCGUCAAGGAGGUCGUUGUGGCCACUGAGAUUGCUGUCGAGGACGCAAAGAUUGACAAGAAAGCAAUCGAAAACGCGUUUGACGGCGUGGCCAGCUACAAGGUAGACAGCGUGGCCAAGGUCAAGAAGGUUCCGAGUGUCGAGGCCGCGGCCGCCGAGUCGGCUGACGCACCUGGUGCGUGUGGCGCCUGCGGGAUCGCCAGCUGCAGUGUCAUGUAG